GAUGACACCAUCGCGGAACCCGCGUCUGGCUGGCUGCCUCCGAGCAACAAGCUUGUGUUCGAGGUCGCGCAUGACGAUGUGUCUGCCAACCUGGUCUCGCCAGCUUGGUGUGACGACUGCGGGUCUUUGUUGCUGGGCUUGAUGCAGGAGGCUGUCCAGUGCAGCGUGUGCAAGCGCCUGGCCUGCGAGAACUGCCCCCGGAUGCAGCCCUGCCUGCCGCGUGGCUUGCUGCGCUACGUGCAUGCAGGGGAGGAGAACCUGCCCCCCGUGCUGCGGGUGCUUUGCGCAGAUGCUGAGCUGAUCCUUCUGCUGGCGCAUGAUCACCCCACCGUGCUAAGAUAUGCUGCAGAGGAGUUGUGGAGAAGAUCCGACUUCCUCCAGGGACUGUUGCAGCUCGCGGACGGCACCGAGUCCCCGCAACUGCGAUCUGAAGUCGAAAAGCAAGUGCUUCGGAGAGCCUCGGCCAAGCCUCUUGCUGCACAAGCCGUCAUGGCUGCGGUGCUCAAAGCAGAGACGGAUCCCGGCCUGGCUUUUGCGCUGGCACUGCUGCCUCCCGUGGCCGACCCGAACAGCAGGGCCUUUGCAACGGCAAAGGCACAGCUGCAGCACAACAGCCCGCAAGUGCGAGUGGCAGCAGUAGAAGCAGUGUCACGCUUGGUCCGCACUGGGCCGCGUAGUGGGAGCAAGUCGGUGCUUUGUGAGGAGGAGAAGGAUCAGGUAAUGCAAGCCGCUUUGACGCCGCGCUUGCAGGAUGCAGACCCAGCUGUGCGCAAGGCGGCGCUGAGGUGCUUGCAGGGGUUGGAAUCCCAGGCAGGCUCCCGCUGCCGGGCAGCCAUGGGCAAGGCUUUGCUGGACAAAGAUCGGGAAGUACGGGAUGCAGCCUGGGUAAUGUUGCCAACGCUGGAUGUGGAAUCCUGUGCUUCAAUCCUGGUGAGCCUGUCCAGUUCCCGGCUGGAUGACUUCACACAGAAGCGCUUGCUCAAGACACUCCGCUCGCUGCUGGUGCCAGUCCCGCGCCACAUCAAGGCGGUAUCCUGUGCACUGUCCGGGGCCAGCUGGUGGCUGCGCUUGGCCGUGUCCGACAUGUUCUACGCCUACCUGGGCGUGGACGAUCCCGAGGUGCGGCAGAGUGCAAUCGCUGCCGUGAACUCUUUGGCAGAGAAGACGGACAAUAAGGCCGCCGGGGCUUUGGCCGCGCUGCUGGAGGAUGGGGACGCAUCGGUGGCCUCGGCCACGUGGACAGCGGUGCGGCCGCGGCUGACGGACUCGAACCCCGACGUGCAGCGCGUGUGGCUGGAGGACAUCCGCUGCAAGAGCCUCAACCCGGCCGUGCGAAGUGAGGUGAUUGUGGCCAUCCUUCCGAAGCUCGCCUCCACCAAGUGGCUGGUCCAGGUCGCCGCCGCGCGCGCGCUGCAGGUCGAGCAGCCAGAGGCAGCCGAGGUGAGGCAAGUGGUGUCUGCCUUCAAGAAGGACGAGGACUCCGAUGUACAGAGGGUUGCUGCGGAGGUUCUCGCCGCCUUGCCGACGGGAACUGAAUGCAGCUUGUGAGAACGCUGAUGGUCCAAAGGUGACCGCAUUGCUGGCGCAGUUCCGCCUUGCUGAUAGGCAAGGUUUUGCAGGGGCACAAGACGUGCUCCAAACUUGGGCUGAGUGCUGUGCUUUGG